ACCGAGCGGCGCGUGACGUAGGAGGAAGAAGACGCCAUUAGGGGGAGCGGGGCCGUCGGUUACGGUGAACGUUCUGGUUCUCGGUGCCUCUUCCUCCUUCUCUGUCCGUAUCGCCGGGGCCGCGGCGGCACCACCUUCCCUUCUUCUCCCCGCCCCACGAGAUACCUCUUUUCGCUCCCCAGCGGGUCCCCGUCCCGGUGGGCGGAGGUGGCGGCGGCGGCGCCCCGCGGCCUCGGUGCGGACCGUUGAUGUGAGGAGGCGGCCCGGCUCGGUUCGGUUCGGCGGCGGGGCGCGGAUGGCGGCGGGGGCCGGCGCAGCGGCCGGGGGCCGCAGCUUCUCCUUCAAGGUGGUGCUGCUCGGGGAGGGCUGCGUGGGGAAAACCUCCCUGGUGCUGCGCUACUGCGAGAACAAGUUCAACGACAAGCACAUCACCACCCUGCAGGCAUCUUUUCUUACAAAGAAGCUAAAUAUUGGUGGGAAAAGAGUAAACCUUGCAAUAUGGGAUACAGCUGGUCAAGAAAGAUUUCAUGCAUUGGGGCCCAUCUACUAUAGGGAUUCUAAUGGCGCUAUUCUAGUAUAUGAUAUAACAGAUGAAGACUCUUUUCAAAAGGUAAAAAACUGGGUUAAGGAAUUAAGAAAAAUGUUGGGAAAUGAAAUCUGUUUAUGUAUAGUAGGUAACAAAAUAGACUUGGAAAAAGAGAGACAUGUUUCAGUGCAAGAAGCAGAAACGUAUGCUGAAUCUGUUGGAGCAAAACAUUAUCAUACUUCAGCUAAACAGAACAAAGGAAUUGAAGAACUGUUUCUUGACCUUUGUAAAAGAAUGAUAGAAACUGCUCAAGUGGAUGAAAGAGCAAGAGGCAAUGGUUCCAGUCAGUCAGGAACAGCAAGGCGAGGUGUACAGAUCAUUGAUGAUGAGCCACAAGUACAGAGCAGUGGAGGGUGCUGUUCUUCUGGAUAAUUAUAAGACUGUGCAUCACUGCCCUCUCAAUAUGAAGACUGCCAUAUUCCAAGUCACGCAUUCUUUACCAAUGGAGUAAUAGAAUUAACAGUAUUUAAAAAUAAUCACAUGUAACACUGCAGAGACCUUAAGUGCUAAACUAGUGGCGUCUGUGACCAGAGAAUUGGCAUUUUCUACAGUGGUUAACAAAGCAAUUACCGAUGGCCUUUUUACAUAUUUUUCUUUAAUGAGGAGUAAUAUGCAUGUAGAAAAGACCUACUUAAAGGCUUCAUUUAUAUUCUUUUAAAUCAGAUCAUUAUUUAAUAACUUAUACACAUUGUUGUUGGAAUGGUAUAUGUUUUUGCAGCUCUUUGUAUUUUGUGGUAGAUUGAAUUGUAUCACUUCUAAAAUGCAAAUUGAUUUUUUUUUUUUAAUUAGCAGAUAUCUGAAGUAAUAUUUUUGCAGGGCCUCUACAAGCCUAUAACUGUCAACUACUUUGAUAUAUUCUGUUCAUCCUGUAUGCCAAGUUGGUAAAAUGUUGUAAAUUACAUAUUAAAUAUUUUAUCUGCUUUUACAAUUGCAGGUGAAGAAAUAUGUACAUCAGUCUUGUCAGUGAUUGUGAAGUGAAUAAGUCAGUGAAAGAUGCAAGCUUUUCAUGUGUACUGUUGAAUUGCUCAUUCUAUUCCCCCUACCUGAAAACAGCUUUUUUUUUUGUAUGUUCAUAGCUACAGCACUUUUUUUUUAAGCCUUUUCUGGCAAACAGCAGUGUUUAGAGUACACCCUUAGUGGGAAGGGAAGGCUUCCUUAGGCUGCUCUUUAACAUUGAGGUGUUUGACUCCCAGCUGAAACAGUUGGCGCAUGCAUAUAUCUUGCCUCUGCAGUUACUUUGGCCUCUCAGGAUAUCCCCAGAAAGUCAAAGCAACUUUAGCUCUCAUCUGUCUGGUAGCCAGUAAACCAGAUGCAUGGGAAACUCUUAAGCUGCAUUAAUACAUUUGUGUCCCAAGGCAGCAUUAUAAACUAUUAAUGAGCAUAAUUUCUUUCCCCUGUAUCACAGGUUUUGAGUGAACAAAUUAAUUGGCAUUAACUAGAACUGCUUCUGAUUUGGAGUGAUUAAGUAGAAGAUAUGAAACUUCCUAGAUGUAAUUGUAACUUUAAGGAUACUAGACAGAACUGAAUUUACUCCUGACUUGCUCUUUCUCUUGUAAAGUGUAUUGAAGCCCACUUAAGUUUGGGGGAGGAGGGUUUUCAGAAACAAAGUGUAUGAACUACUGUCACAAAGGAACACAAAUGGUGGUAGCUGAAACUUCAGAAUGUUUUGUGCUCUGACUUUUUUUUACUUAAGUUGUCAUGCUUGGAAAAUCAGUAAAGGUGAUGUCUAUGACAAAAUAGAAUAUUCCUUGGCCUUCCUUUUUCUGAAGGGUGGAAUUAGUAUCGCAUAUGAAUGCAUUGAGUGGUGUGGGUAUGUUCUGGUGCACAAAAGGAGGAGCAGUAACUAAUUAAUCUGAUGUGUAUGUCAGACAGCACAUUUCUUAUAAUAGAUGGCUUUGAUACAGACUGGUCAUCAUGCACUUUCUCCCUUUCUUUCUGCCUGAACUAUGGUGUAGAUAGUUUCUAUUAAGCUACCAUUGCCAUGCUCUUCUGACAUGGUUGUAUGCAUGAUGGACAAUGGUGAUCUGUUCAUGCUAGUGAAGAUGAAGUUUGACUGCACAGAGCAUUGGUGUGAAACUGAAGUCCAUGAUUAUAUGUGUGAAUAUGUAGAAACACCAUUAACAUUCUUGUAUUUUGUCUAACUCAACAGCGAGCCAUGUUCCAGAGUUGAAAAUCAGGUUAGUUUGAUCUAAAACCAGUACCUUCCAAUCCAUACAGUUAGAUGAAAUUCAAUCUUAUAAAUGAUACAAUAUUGAUCUGAGGAGUGAAAUUGGCAAGACUAUGUUCAAGACUGGAAUCACCUCAUAAUAGGAGGUCCAGGCUUUUUAAUUCAAGUUCCCUUUUUGCAGACAUGGAAAAAAAGCCAACCAAACAAAAAUGCAACCAAAAAACCCCCACAAAACUAAAAAACCCUAAUUUUGACUAGUGAAACUUCCUUAACAACUAGACUUCAUAGGCAGAUGCAUCAUGAGGGCUUACCUACACCAGAGGAUACGUAUUCUCUCCAGAGCAGAGCUUCUGCCACUUUAUUGAAGUGGACAGAUGCAAUUCUGAUCUGGGAAUUAAUUACCCAAGAGAUGUUGUUUGACUACUUUGAAAUAGAGGCAGUGUGUAGAAUAUAUCUUUCUGCCUGCAGCUAAAGAGUUUUCCUUUUAUUCUGUGGUAUGGGUGUUCUGUGUGAUUUCUCUCAAUUACAAAACUAACAAGGCAAUGUUGAAACUAAAUCUUAAGUAUCUUACAAAACUAAAACUACUAGUACUGAAAAUUAAUGUGAGGGUAAGGAAGCUGACAAUUUUGUAGGAUUAAAAAAGGUUCUGGUUGCUGUUAGCAAAAUACUUUUAAAAAUAAGUUGCCAGAAAUUAUUUUUCUUAAGGAAGCUACAGCAUGAAAAUACUCGUUGGAACCUUCCUGUCUAAGCUGCGGUUUGGUUGGACUUUGUUUAAGGAAACUUAAAACCUGGGCUUAGCACAGUAUCAUAUUACCUUACAGAAGAAGUAUAGUUUUAUGAAGUCAGGGAAGUUGUCCUCCAAGACAAAACAUUAUGAAUUGUGUAGACUGGUUAACAUAAGUCUUCAGCUAUUCAUUGUUAGCAGGUAAAAUGUAACAGUUUCAGGAAAAAGCAUCUUUAAGAUAUCUGGAGUGUUCUCUGUAUUAAAUGUAUAGAAAAGCACAGAGUGUGCAUUUCUAGAUUUGAGCAGGUUCUUACUCAAGUAACCUGUGUGGUUUAGUUUUCAAGAGUCUUGCAUUUGCUGGAAUCUGUCUAGAUUGCCUGGUUUGCAUGUCUUAAGGAAAAGUGUUUUCUUGCUAACUUCUGUUGCUGAAAACAAGCUAUUUUUCAUUCUUCUGAGAAGAGUGCAGGAGAACAACUUGGUUUGUCUUUAGAAAAUACCUCUACUGUGGGAUAGAUAAUACCAGGCAGACACCUACUAUAGCAUAAAGUAAACACCAAGCACACUGCCUCAGAGUAGAUCUUGACAAACGUUAAGUCAGACAUUUUUUGUUACAGUAUAUGAUUACAAAUACCUUUCUAAAAAAAAUUACGUAUUUACUCCAAGUCUUGAUGCUGCUGCUAUGAGUACUUCAGCUACCUAUGUAACUUUAUCACUUACUGAAAUAAAAUCCAACAAACCAAAGUCCAAAAACUUUAAUGCAGCAGUGUGUAUCUCUUAUUAGCAGUUUUCAUGUUGCACUUAGGCUAUAGUUCAAAAGUUAUAAAAGACCAGACAGAUUCAGAUGAAGAGACACUAAUGAAUUCGGAUGUGUAGUACUUGGAGAUGUGUGUAACUAGCUGUGAAGGCUGGGGACAAUUACUUGGAUUUGCAGUGAACUCACAUAGGGUACCAAAAUGGAGACAUCCCGUGUCCAGAUGAAGAGCAUUGGCUUGUCUCUUGAGUGUUGCCUUGAUUACACACUCUUUCAAUGUUCACACAUUAUGGGCAGGCAUUCUUGCUUACUACUGCUUGAAAAACUGUCCCUUAGCCCUUUUUAUCCUGCCACUUUUGUUGUUCUAGGUGUUUAACUUGUUUUCUUCAAGCCUACAGCUCUUGAAGAAAACUAGUAAUUCAAUUUCUACUUUAGAUCCAAGCCAGAUGAACAAAGCUUUGCAUAAAGGUAUGAAGUCACAGGAGGUGAUCAGAGCUCAAAUGGAGUUCUCUGAAAGUGUUCGAUGUUGUCGUAAAAAAACAGUUUGAAGAAGGUGAGAGGCAUGGAAGUCCUGCUUGAGGAUAAAGGAAGGUCAGGAAUCUCCAUGACCUGAAAGCAGUUAAGUGUUAUGAAUGAUAGAGUAUGGGAAUAAGAGAGUUGGAGCCAGCCACCUCUGUUAUUUUUCUUUUUGUGGAAGGAUAAGGAAAAGUAGGAAGAAAAAGGCAAGUAGGAAAAAUUGAAGGUGCUGGUAGGGGUCUGCUGAGUGAGAUGCCAUUUCUUGGUGGAGUUGCUAGCAUGGCUUCUCAGCAAUGGUAGUUGCCUAAUUCAAGACUUUUCUAAGAUUACUUCCUAGGUGGUUUUUCAUUCAUUGAAAUACCAUUAUUGCUUCAUUAAAGAGAAUACAACUAACUUUGAAUGGGCUUUCAGAAACAAUACUAACAUACUUAAUUUUACUAGAAUAUGCUAAUUUAUGAGCUGUUUACAGUUAACUGACUUUGUUAAGUCUAAGUUUCCAUCAGAGUAUAGGCUUUAUUUUCCUGUUAAGUCAGGAAAUGUCUUUCAGUGAGGAUAACUUUUACUGCAGUUGUGGUAAGGAUUUGCAGAUAGAAGACAGAGAUCCUUGGCACCAGUUGCUGCACAAGCUCAGCAAAGACAGCCCCAAAACUCACUCUUUGUGCUGGGCACUGUUGCUCAUGCUACUUCAGGGCAUUCUGCUCCACAUCAGGAUUCUUCCUCUGAGACCAACCUGUGCAUCUUGGUGACGUAGCCAUGUACCAAAUCUAGGCUUUUUCUGUCAAAUAAUACUGAAGUAUAAUUUUCCUUCGUGUAUUUUUGGAGCUGUCAUUGGCCACUGUAUUGAGCAGAAUGAGAUGGAAAAGCAGAUUUUCAGAGUUGGGGAGAAUCUGGAAUGUUUCUUGAGUUAACUUGGAAAGUGAGAAUCUAUGACGAAGGUAUUAUUCUGUCCAAGAUAACUGAAAAUAUUUUGGCUUGGCAAAAGUUUAUUAAUCUGAAUAAAAUUAUAAAUUGCUCUACUUGCAAAAUGAAAAUUUCAAGCUGAUCUGUUUUGAUUCUAGAUUUUUUUCUAAGGCUUAAGUUUACCAAACUUGGCCAAAACCUUCAAUUGAUUGGCAUAUUCUGCAGCCCUAAAAUAAUGCCUGUAACUGUAGGGAGGAACUGUGUACUCAUUUGUGUUCUACUGGACAGUUUGAAGCUUUGUUUGUAUUUAUUCGAUAUCAGGAUGUUGACAGACUGCAAAAAUAAUUGUUUUCAUCUAUUCCCGCUGCUUUGCGCACUUAUGCAAGCGGCAUGACCUGAUGCAGCUGCAGAGCGAAUGUGAAGAGAGAGCUUCAGACCCUCUCCUUGCUUGUUGGCUGCACUGAUCCUUCUUCUUUAUGAAUUACUAAAGGAAACUUCCAUGCCAGAGAUCCCCCUGGACAAGAAAGGAAACAGGUGUUCUCUGCUUGCUUCUCUAGUUUAUCUAGACAGUGAUAGGCACUACAGCAAUAAUACCCAGUUCCUCAGUUUGAGAAUAUUGGGUUUUUUUUCUAAAUAGAAGCUUUUCUUCUUGACAAAUCAGUUUUUGCAGUCUAUCUAGUCCAACUGAUCUUUUGCAAGGGGUUCUCAUGCUUCAUUGUAGGUCUCCCGGAAGCAAUGCAGUUUGAAAGUUAUGACAACAGAGGAUGAUGACUAACAGUAUUCCAACAGUCUUCCCCAGCAAUUGGUCAUAUCCUGUCUCCAAACCAGUGAAGGGAGACUAUGGUAAGCUUAGUAAGUCCUUGCUACCUCUGGUACCUGACUUCUGAUUCUUGGAUAUUGGAAGUCACAUAGAAGAAAUCCAGGUUGAGAGGAUUGGAGAGAGCAAGAACUACUUUCUCAUCUGUUGCCAAGUAGUUGAUACUGUGUGACAGACACAAACUGAUGUACUAGAUAUCUUUUGAGAGGUUGAGACUGUUGAAUUGCAGCCCUUUGGCUUCAAGUUUACUAUCACUUGAUUCUGAAAGGUCAACAAAUUUGGGACUCACAGUGGAAGAGAAAAAGUAGUUUCUCUUUUUCAGAACAGGAAACAUAAGAAACUGCCUAAUCAGGCUUUUCUUAGUGGAAAGAGAAGAGGAAAGAACUUGAUACCUAAAUCUUAAAGAGCUGUCAGUGCUAUUUGAUCAUAUAGGCAUUAUAAUGACUGUGUUACUGGAUUUUUCUCAUCAGCUUAUCAGGUUCAAUUGAAUAGAAUACUUUUCUAUGAACCCAGGGAAAAUGUUAGCAGGGCAAAACCCAACACUGCAAAGGACACAAUGUUUUUAAUAUGAGGUAACCUGACAUUGUCAAAUGUUGUAGGAAUAUUCUAUUUGUGAAUAAAAGAAAUUUUGGAGGAAAGAAGUACCUAGCAGAGGCUUUACAAACCUUAACUUUCUCAGUGCAUUGCUGCAGCUGGAGUUCUUAUAUACGUUUUGGAGUAUUUUACAUACCAGUGCAAUUGCAUGAAGAUAUUUCUAUAAAAAUUGAUUUCAAAUGAUCCAUCAAUGAGAGAAACAAGGACUUCUUUAGCAUGGCUGCUAUUUUAUCAAUGCCUAAUACUAAAAGUGCAAAUGCAUGUUGGUGGAAAUGGAUCAAUAGAAAGCAGUAAAAAUGUGUACUGAAAAUGAAUACAAGAAAACAGAGCUGGAAAGUCUUGUUACUGUCAUAUCUGAAAAUUAUUAUCUCUUAUAUUUCAGUAAGUCACAGAAUUUGAAACUUGAUGAAUAAAGUGGUCCUGAAAAUUACUGGAGUUUGGGGGCAGUGGCCUGGCUUGCAAAGAGAUUUGGUGAAAACUGGGACCGCAGGUUUUUAUGUUACAAAUACAGUGACAAAUUUCUGAACCCAUCGGAGUAUGAUAUGAUGAAAGAUGGCUUUAGGAUGCCAAACCAGGCUCAGUGAGGUUGCUCUACAUUAUGCUAGCAUAUACCCCAGAAACCAUAGUGUGAGCAGGGAUCCCUCAAAAUGCAGUUUUGAUUCUCAAAACUGGUCUUUGGCAGCCCAGAACAGUUCAUGAGGAAGAAGCAUUUGCUGUUGAACAACAUUUGCCAGUGUAAUGACAGCCCCAGGCAUGCUGCCUGUGUGCUAAUGCAGCAGCAAAAACAAAUCAAAUGUGGAACCAAGGGUCAGGACUGGGAUUUUUCCGCCAGUUCUGUGUUUGUAUCCUACCAAUAUCCUGCCUCUACAAUGAAUGUUUGUGCACACUUCCUUAGUGAAAAUUGCUGUUCAGCUGUGCUGAUGCUGUGGAUUUGAACUGGAUGGACAUCGUGAGUGAAAGCAGCAAGCAACAGGAAAAGCAGGGCAAGAUCAGGGGAGUUUGCACAAGUUCAUGCUUUGGCUGUUCUUAGCCCUUUCACUUGCACUUUGAAAAAGUGAGUAGCUGUAUCUACUAUCUUUGCGGCAGAAAAGUUUUCUAUUUCGUGAGAUGUCUUUUUUUGUGAAGAAACUAAAAUCUUAAGAGCUUUUUAGGGUAAAAGUGUAGUUCCUUCACAGAUCUGUCAGCAUUUCAUUAAAGAGGCUAUAAUAAGUGGUGAAGAGUAAGUGUGCUGCCUGUAGUUACACCCUGCAAUCAGAGUCCUACAGUGAAUGUUUCAAAUAGCAAGAAGCAGCAGAGUAUCCAAUGCACCUCUGAUUGCCAGUCUACUCUCCCCUUGUUCUGUGACACAGAGUAAUUGCAAAACAAGCCUCAAUGCUAAGAUGUGCCCAUACUGGUUAGAUGAGUUGGUUUGAGGUUUAAAAUUACACUAAAUUGUACUUUGAUUGGUUCAUUCAAGGAAUCUUUAACUGUUGGAUGUGCCAGUCAAAGUAUGUGCCUACUGCAAUGUUUGGCACCAUGGGACACUGAUUCUUUUUCAGAGAUUUAGAGCUUUCAGCUUGGGAAAUGAUCUCUGAAGUGGAUUAUGAUGGCAAGCUAAGAGAAAGAAGGAAGUACUGUGUUAGUAGAACAGACCCAUCUUUAGCGUUGCUUUUUCAACGGCCAGGAUGAAAUACAGAAUUGACUAUCCCCACCCUAAAACAAUUGUUCCGUUAGUUUCCUGCUCUUUCCAGGAAGUGUUGUAAUGCACAUGUACAAGCGAUGGGGUUCCUACUAUUUAUCUUUGCUUUCUGCAUUCCUAGUCCUGGCAAUACUAGUUGGUGCCAACUACCAAGCAACAGAUCAGUUUCUGUUUAGUCAUCACUCUUGGGUAACUUCCAACUUGUCUCUGUGGAGCCUGAUGCAAUCAUGAAUCUCUCCUUGCAUGACAAAUGCAGAGCAUUUCACGUUGGUAUCUGCUCUGCUUCUUUUAUAUUAAAAAAAAUAAUAAUAAUAAUAAAUGUUUCUUGUCCCACUGAGAGAAUGAAACUAUUGUAAACUUGUGAUCAGUUGUACCAACUGUUAUGUUUUCUUAUGACAAGUCUUGUAUGUUUUGGGGUGUUUCAUAUUCUGAAAUUCUAUUAAUCCUUGAUAUGCACAGAUAAAAAACUACCAUGGUCACAAACAAGAACUCACAACUGUGGUUGUGGAUGUACAAAAUGUGACAUAGUGCAAAUAGCUGAAGAAAUCUUAUCAUCCAGUGUACUGCCUUCAUGUCUUGUUACAUCUCCACGCCUCCACACUCUAAAUACAAAUAAAUGCUGGUGAGGAAAGGGAUUUCCUUCCUUUUA